AUGGUCGAUCUGCUUAUUCUCCUGAUUUUUGUGACAUUGAUUUUUCUUAUUGGUACCGUCGUUGUCUUUGCAUAUGUUUCCGGGUUCUUUACGUCCAUUGAUGUCGCAAUUUCAUCUGAUCUUCCUUAUUUAAAGGAUGGUUCAACUAUUUACUACAAAAUCAACAAGGGAUCUUAUUAUUCCUUAGGCAGUCUUUUUACUGAAACAUAUUGUGUUGCCCCAAAAUUAAUACAAUUUGGAUUACACUAUGACGACCCUGAGAUCGUCCCUGAGGAUGAAUGUCGCUCCGCCAUUGGAGUCCUUGUAAAUGAAAAAGAAAAUAAGGAUAUAAUUGAAGAAUUGGAAAAGAAUGGAUUCAAGAAAAAAAUUUUGCCUUCUAUCGAAGAAGGGAUAUAUGCUUCAUUUCCUCAUAUUUCAUUUCUGUCUAUUGGUUUUGGUUUGUCGAAAGUGAUUCUAUUGUUGAGGUCUUAUUUCAAGAAAAUGGACUGCAAGGAAUUCACGUUUCUCGAGAUUUAUGAUGACGAUACCAUCCAUUAUAUUGGAAUUACUAAAGACGCUGAUGACUUUCUUGUUGAGGAUUUUUACCUCGAGGAAAAUGACGAAAUUGUCAAAAUUACCCAAUCGGAUAUUGAAGCCGUCACUGAGGAAGGAAAGGAAAAGGCAGAGUAA